UUUGCAUUUCAUCUUCUCUUUUUCGUUGCUGGUCGGCUUCGUUGCUUUGCAGAGGUGUAGAGAUUGCACGCGGGGCUUCUUCGUCUUCUUCGUGCCUGUUAGACUUCGCUCCUUCGACGGCUUUCCCUUGCUGUUGGAUCGGAAGUUACAACAUUUUGAUCGGAAGCAAGAACGGGAGCUCGCUGGCUGUGAAGGAUGUUUUCUAAUGAAGACCUCAUGAAAAUUAUUAUAAACGUUCCUAUCUUUCCGGAUCAAGGAAUAGAUCAAAUUGAAAUAAAGUGGAAACAUACGGGGCAGUCCAUUGCUGCACUCUCGCAAGAGUCAAUUCAGAGGUAUGAUGAGGAUUGCAAAUUCUGGAAGUGGAUGAAGUUUGUCAAAUUAAGACCAAAAGUUGAAUUAUUUUGGUGGAGGCUUCUUAAUGCAGCUAUUCCUAGCAAUUCUUUCCUUUUUCAUAGAAAAAUUUCACAGUUUUCAGGAUGCCCGAGAGGAUGCAAUGUAGAGGAAAAUUCAGAUCAUAUUACAGCAGGAUGCGGUAAAUUGAAGAAGGUUCUUUUGUGGCUUUCUAAGUGGGGAUAUAUACUUACUCAACCUGUUAGUUUUGAAGAUUGUUUAAAGGAAUUACAUUUGCUGUAUAAAAGAAAUCCAGUCCUUGUAAACAUUUACUGCAAUGUGGUAUUUAUGACUUGGAAAAGUAGAAAUCUGUUAAUUCAUGAAGGGAGAGAAGAAAUAGAUUUUUUCAUUGCAGCAAACUCUCUUUCUAUGGCUGUUGUUGUACCUUCUAUCAAUAUCCAUUCGGAAAACUGGGAUGUCAACCAGCAAAAGCUGUUUUCUUCUUGGCGUCCUCCUCCUCCCGGAUGGGUAAAAAUCAAUGUGGAUGCAGCUAUGUGUAGCAAUUAUUUGGCUGGUACGGCUGGUGUUUGUAGAGAUGAUAAGGGAAGAUUGUUACUAGCUUUUGGUACUCAACAUGUUCAUUGGGAUAUUGGUCAUUUGGAACUUCAAGCGGUUUAUAUGUUAAAGAAUUUCUUACAAGAGUGGAUGGUUGAAGCUCAAGGAGUCAUCAUAGAAGGAGAUAACUUCAAUAUAAUCAAGAGACUUCAACAAGCUUUGAAAAGAUUCAAGAAUAAAGGUUUUCUGGAAUAUGACCUAUCCUUUGUAAGUGAGUUUAAUCAAAUUACUUUCAGUUUUACUACUAGGAAUGGUAACAAAUUAGUGGAUUGUUGUGCUAAUUAUGCUUUGGGGAAAAGUUUUAUUUGGCAUGAUCUUUCUAGUACUGAAAUUCCUCCUUCAUUCUUGGUUAUGCUAAUGAAAGUGGAAGGGAAAAAAGAUAUGGCUACUGAGAAACGAGAUAAAAAUAAUGUGAAUCUUAGGAAGCGGAAAGAGGUUUUCGUUUAUGGGAACUAUAGAAAAUACUAUGGCUAUAGAGAAACGAAGCACCAAAGCCACGGAAAGCCCCCAAAAGGUCAUGGGAAAACAGCCCAGGCUGAACCCGAAGAGGCAGCCGCAAAAGCCAAGGAGGCCCGCAUGGAACUGAAGCAUCAAGGCACGGGAAAGGCCACCCAGCACGGAAAACUAGCAGCCAACCAGGGAAACCAAGGAGACCAAGCACGGAAAGCCAAAGGGCCAUCCACGGGAACCAAGGAGCCAUCCACAGGAACCAAAGGGACAAUAAAUGGGGGGAAUGAACCUCAAUUUAUGAGUUAA